CCAUGGAAAGUUUUUUCCGCGCUCGCGGCUCCUUCCUGAAAGUUUACGCAGGGCUGUAGUUGCACGCAUCCAUCAUGACAGAGAAAGUAACGGACAUUUGGGCUGUGAUUUUCUGCUGUGCUGGUUACUGCAAUGAAUGGUGACACUGUCCAGCAGACCACAAGCACUGCACCGUCCGUAGCACCUCCUUGUGGAUGGAGGGAGUUCUGCGAGUUGCAUGCCAGCACCACGGCCCGAGAACUUGCCCAGCACUACCGGAGCUUUGUCCAAGACCGCCCGGUGCAGGAUGUGGUCCCUCCGGAAAAUUUCUCCAAGCAGUUCAGCACCCUGUUCCAGCACCACUUCAGCUGUGAGGUGGCUAAAGAUGCAGAACCCACCCCACAGCCACUGCCUCCACCCACACUACCGGCCAUGACUGGACGCUUACGCAUUACUUCCUUUUCAGGCAUGCUGGAUUACCGGGAGUCUGUACGGCCGGGAGUCGCACCUCUAGUUGCCGUCUUGGCUCCCAAACCGGAUACUGGGGGCGUCGCUAGGGAACAAGAGCAGUUGUUGCGGUGCUCUCCUGCAGACACUAAACGCCAAACUCGGCAUCAAAGCCAGGAAGACGAACCCUCUGAACGCCGGACUGGGUCCGAACGGUAUACGCCCCCAGCGUUGCCUUUCCAUUCCCGUAGCGAAGUAACUCAUUUUUCUGUCAGUCGCAUUCGAGAAAGCGUGUGCAGACUCUUCAAGAAAUUCCCACAACUUAACGAGCCCUCAAGAGACAACUCAGCCCAGGGGGGUGGACCCUUCGCGACUGUUGAGUUCACCUCGCAGUCGCCACCUCAGACUGCACAGGUACCUGCCCACCGCACCUCACAGCGAGGUGCAUUGUGGAACCACUGCAGUCGGUUACGGACUGUGAGACGCAAGAAGGAAACAGGAAGUGUUUGUAAGGAGGGCCAGCUGCGGUACCUGAAGGUGGAUGACACUAUCUCAGACAGGCCCCCGUAUUGGUUGCGUUGCCGCCUGCUGGUCAGGAGGGCCAGCGAGCGGUACCAGCUAGAGCUCUAUGAUCCACCUAAGGAUUAUAAAACUCCAAAGCUUACCGUACACUGUUCAGACAUCCAGGAGAUUCGACGCUGUAAUCGACUAGAGAUGCCAGACAACAUGAACACGUUUGUCUUAAAGGUUACUGGUCAUUCAGGUAGUUUUAUAUUCGAGGCAGAGAAUGAGCAGCAGGUGAGCUCCUGGACCACAGAGCUCAGAGAGUUUAUCAACAGCAGGUCAGAUUGUAUGGAUGGAGAAUCGUUUCCGGUGAGUGAUCCUCUCAAUGCUGCUUGCAGAGGGAGCACAGAGCCAGGCAGCCAGGGUUCUCCAGGGUUUGCCCUUGCUCAGCACGGCUACGAUAAAACAGAUCACUUCCUGUCCUCUUACCCAUGGUUCCAUGGGCCCAUAUCGCGCGUGCGGGCCGCCUACCUUGUACAGCAUGCUGGGGCGAUUGGUCAUGGCAAUUUCCUGGUGAGACAGAGCGAGACACGGAGGGGAGACUACGUCCUCACCUUUAACUACCAGGGCAGAGCAAAGCAUUUGCGUCUGUCUCUAACCGAGUGGGGUCAGUGUCGCGUGCAGCACCUGCGUUUUCCCUCUGUCAUGGACAUGCUAAGUCAUUUCCGCAACUGUCCGAUCCCGCUGGAAUGCGGAGCAGCAUGUGACGUUAUGCUGGCCAAUUACGUACGGAUAAACCCCACACACACAGGUCAGAGUUCAGCUCUUGGCUCUCCGGUAUUGGUGCCCUUCUCUCGCUGGAACUCUGAGCCGAGUCUGGCGCACUGGAGCCUGGAUUCAUACCCUCACUCCGGCCCCUCCGUGGCCCAGUCCUGUUUACCCCAAUCAGCAUUAGCCCCAGCCUUACACCACAUACCCCCCUCACUUUUUGACCGACCCGUACCCCUGCGCCGGAGCGAGUCGGUGGGUCGCAGAAACCUGCUCCGACACCCUAACCCCCUCCCGCCCCUACUGCCCAACCGGAACUCUGACUACGAACUAGAGCCGCCCGACAGGGGGCGCAAAAGAGCAAUCGACAACCAGUACAUGUUCUUCUGAAAGAGACUGAGAACAGGAACAAAAAAGACCACAGAUGAAAAACGAUCCCGGACUUUUGCCUGGAUGGAGAGCGUAUGUUAGCCAAACAGCGAUCUCAAAGAGAAAAGAGCACUAAUCGUGCAAGAGCAAGGCGAGACUUGCGGUAGAGGCAGGUGUCUGCCAGGCACCUGACCUUGCCUUUCUAAGAGGCCUGACAGCUGUCUUCCCCAUGAAUGUAUUAUACAGACAUUUCACUAUGGCUGGAAUGAGUGUUUAUUAUAGAAUGACUAAAAUAGAGAUGAGAAUUAGACAGCUGCUCAUGGGAAUACAGAAGAUGUGUUUGAGAAAGCUUAUGGAAAGUAUCACGAUGGCUGGUCAAGAAGUUGUUCACAGACUUGGGAAAACACACCACCUACCCAACCUUGGCAAGGGUCUAUUCAAAGACUUAAAGUGUUAGUUUGCCCCCAAAAAAUUUGCUUUUAAAGAUUUACUUACCCUCAUUCUCUUCUCGUGUGAGCAAGCUUCUCUCAUGCACUUAUGAAUGCACAAUCAAGAUUUUCACUGAAAAAUAACUUUACAUUUCAGAUUGUUUCAAACAAGAUCUAUCCUAUGCCUUAAGAAGACUUGGAAUAUGUUGCAGGAGUUGCAUUGACUACUUUUACGAUACGUAUGGGUCCUUUUUUAAAUCUUCAAAGUGAGUCACUAUCAGCUGACAUCAUACUGAAAAGUCGGGCCGGAGCAGAACGCAACUGUCGGGUUUCGGAAGUAAAAAUCUCAUUAAUUUUCUCCAUGAGCGAAUUCAAUUUUAACGAUAACUAACAAACCUUUAAAGGCAGAUCUACCGUGAGCUCCGAUGUUUUUAAUCAAUGGUGCAUACCAGAAGCCACCAGUCUGUGUUAUUUCAACUUGUUUAAAAAAAAUCAUGUUUAAUAGUGCAGUUUGAGUGAAAACCUACACUACCCAUGAUCCUCCAGAGAAAGAGACGCCAAUCAGAGAAUCCGUACACUCUCAAACUACUUAUGUAUUUGUAUAUAUGUAAAUAUUUUGCAAUACAUUUUAAAUAUAUUGUUUCUAUACUUAUAAUUCUCUCAUUAAAGAUGUUAAGUACAUCGCUUUUGUGUUUUUGCCCAUUUUUCAAAUACUUUUUUGCUUCAAAUCAAAGUUUAUAAAGUUGUGAUUCAACUCGGAGCUGGUUGGUGUUGGUCAUGGCUUAGAACUCUUAUAAGAAGAGUUUUUAUGAAAUCCCUACUGAAGAAAUGAAUGGGGAAAAAAUACUUCCGGAACCAAGACGGCUGAAAUGGUCGGCAGGCACCGUUGCAUGCUAUAUUCAUUCAAUUGGUUCCUCUUGUGUUACACAUAAGAAUGUAAUUACAAGAGUGCGUCACCCUACAACAUGAGGGUGAGUAAAAUAUGACUUGGGUGAACUAUUCCUUUAAAGCUGCAGUGUGUAAUUUCUACAGAGGUAUCUAUAGGUAAUUUAGCGAUUAACCUAUAGAUGCUUACUUAUAGUUGUCUUAUCUAUUAAGAUGUUAUAGAUAGAUUUUUAACUUAGAAAAAUUGUACACUGUAGCUUUAAAAUAAUGUUUCAGGUUCAAAACAACUUGGGUCUAUUGUCAGCAUCUGUGACCCGGUGACAGUUACCGCAGAAAAUAGUUUGAAUUGUCUCUCGGUUUGUAAAAAAAACAAUAAACAAAAAUCAUGUUUACAGUAAUGCACUUGCGGUGCAAAUCUAUGGGGCAAGACAUUCCGGAGGGUUGAAAAGGACUUCUAUUAGUUUUCUGUUGAAAAGGUGUUUUUUUGGCUCUAAAUUUGUCAUCCUUUUAGUGGAGAGACUACGUUUCUAGGUGGAGGAACUUCUGCUUAUGCGUUUCAGAUGUUAUUGCUGUGGAUUGAUUUUGCACCUUGUAAUCAGUACUUUGUGGAUAGACGCGUCACAUCCCUUUCUGGCGUUUUGUGCAUACUCUGCAAAAGUUACUGAGUUUAGAUUGACACGACAAGAGUUGAAUAUGCUGCACGGUAGAGUUCGAAAAUAUCUUAUGUUUAACUUUUGGGGCAACCCCUUCAAAAGAGUUUAUAUUUGAAUAUUUAUCCCAAUGAAAUUACUGUAUAUACGAUCUUUGCUUGAUUUAUACAAAACCAUUUUCUGUAGUUUAUCAAUAGUGAUGCUUUUCAUAGGGCUUGAGUUGUAUUGAACCUUGAACAUUCCUUUAAACAAUUAAUAGAUCAAAAUAGUUUUUAGUCUAGCAGCACAUAUACACACUUUCAGAUUGUUUAUUUCAUGUUCUUCACGUUCAAUUUUAGUAAUACACAGGUUUUUAUUUGUAAAAUUAUUUUGAGUAUUGGGAGACCAAAUAAUAUUGACUAUAUUAUACUAUAAAUAUGGACCAUAUUUUGAUCAAAUAGCUGAGGCCUAGAGGUAAUGCAUCAACACAGUUCACCAUGUCAUUAGCUUUGAGAGGUCCUAUGCUAGGUUUACAAGUUAACUGACCAAAGAGAAAAAAUAACCAAACCAAUCAGCAAUAUCUAACAGGCAAUAACUGUCCUAAUGUCUAAAUUCACAUCAAAUUUCAUAAAAUAAUUGGUUUUAUUAUUAACACGUCAGGUAGUUCUUUCUAAAAUCUCUUUGAUUUUUACUCACCCUCCUGAUUUUCAUGGCUCUAAGCUGUGGAAAUACUACUUUUAAUAUAACGGCUUUCAAAUCUGACACCAUAAAUAGUUGUUUUAAGCUAUCUUUCAUUCAUCUUUCAGUUCAUGCAUUACAGAAGCAUUGCUUGGUCGUUUUCUGACCGUAUUCUGCGUUUUCUCUGUUUUUGAAAAGUCGUGAAUGUUUUACUUUGUGGCUUAACACUACCACAAUAUUCAGAUCUGUUUCAAGCAAAUGAAUUCCCAAUUUACUUGGCAAUGUGUUGUGUUCAUACAUAAUGGGGUGAAUGUCAAAAACACAUCUAGGUUACAUUUUAUCCCAAAAUCCAAAGAAAAAAAGCAAGCGAUUAUAUUUUGCAUGAAAACAAUUUUUUGUUAUCUAGAUGAUUACAUACAUACAGUUUUGAAUAUCAACUCUCACUUAUUAGCAUCAUAACAUUAUAGUAAUGUUUUACUGAAUACUAAAUACUAGUAUGGUCAUUUAAAUAUUAUAUGUUUUAUAUAUAUAUAUAUAUAUAUAUAUAUAUAUACACACACACACACACACACACACACAAUACGAUAGUGAAAAUAAGUUGUCAUGAAAAUAAUGUAAUGCACAAAUAUUAAUAGUUCAAAAAAUAGGCUUCUUUCAGCAAAAUAUUACUGCAUAUUUAUGUUCUUUUGAUUUUGGUGUGCAGAUAUGACUCUCGACAGGUUUCGUGAGAUUCACCCAAUUAAGCUUUGAUCUGAAGUCACAAAUCCGAUCAAUGUCCGUCAAUUAAUCAAAAAUAACUCAUCAAAAAUGAUCUCUCUCCUUCUCGUCUGCUUUGCUGAAGAAUUCGACCCCUGCGGCGUUCUGUUCUUGUAAAUCCCUUCUCAUCCAAUCUUUAUUGUACAUUUUUGUAAAAAGCCUGUUUCACACUCCUCUCUGUGGGAUAACAAAAGGCGACCAUGUUCUAGACUCUAUAUAAAUAUAUAUUUUAUUAACAUGACAUGAAUGAAAGCGUGAACUGUACCUGUGUAUCACUACCUCGCAUUGCAUUGUGGACUAUGUGUUCCAGUUGGACUGAUUUUGGAUCGGACGGAGGUGAGACAGCAUUGAAAGAUAAUCAGAUAGACAAUCAGUUACUAAAUUACAUGUGUCGUUGACAUGCAUGUCUACUAAUAAGUGAUGUGCUACGUUCAAUCAGCAGAGUAUUGUUUAAAUGACUACGCUGCUUCCGCAAAUGACACAAAAAAACACUUGUUUUUAUGCAAAUGAGUUGUUUAUAACAUGGUUUUUAUUAUGUACAGAAAUUAUAUUUUGUAUACCUGACUAUCAGAUACAAAAACAAAUGCAUUGUCUGGUAACGAAUCGCUAAUUCCAAACGUGGUGCUCCAUGGGCCCUAUUGACAAAGUCAAUCUUAAAGACAUUUGUGCAUGUUUUGGUUUGGUACUGUGUUGUGUAAAGACUGAAAUGGCCGCAGGGAGGAAAAACUGAUCCUAGAACAGUGCUUUGGACUUUCAGAUGCUUUGUACAUAUAGGCCCUUAUCCUGCAGCACAGCCUGAUCCACCUUCUCAUGAAAGUAAUGCUUUAGAUUGGCAAAUGUACCCCGUCUAAAGUCCUUUGAUGUUCAACUGAUGAAUGUAUUUCUUCUCUCUCUAGACUGUUGUUACUAUGACAAAUGAGAGCACUGUAAACCCCUGGGCUUUACCCUCCACUAGUUUAACCACUCCACCACGGCUUUCUGAUCAAACGCAUGUUACUUUCCAUGUAGCAUUAUGCAUAUUAAAUUAUAUCAACUGUAUAUUUGAUCUUUUUUAGGAAAAAAAAAAAAUAAAGUUAAUGUUUCAAGAAUCGUUUGCCUUUUUAUGACCGGUAAAUUUUAAGUUAGUCAAACAACAUAUAAGAAAAUCGAACUUGACAAGUAAUUAGAGACACAUUUCAAGCACACAAUAUUUAAAACUAAGGGGUUUCUAUAUGUCUAUUUUAUCCUACCCUUUUCAUAAUGCUUUAGGAUAACUGUUGCACUCAGCACUUGGCUAAUUUACUUCUAAUUUGUGCCCAAAGUUAAUAUCUUGCUUAGUAUGACACACUUAUACACAUAAAUAAGGCCAUUAGGAUAAAAUGCUUUAUUCAAAUGAACAUAAAUAUCUCGCACAGGGUUCAUAAGGAGGGCUCUGAUUGUAUAAACAGUUUAUAGCCGAUUAUUGGUGUUUAAAUUGUAUGUACCAUGAAUUAGUGAUGGUAAUACUAUGGUCCUUGAAUAUGUAAUGUAUUAUCUAAUGAUCAAUGCUUUAAUCAUUGGCCAUAAUGAUGUGAUGUAUUUGAAGAAUUUGAAUUAUUAUGUUUAUUUGUAAUUAUUGAAAUUAUAAUUUCUAUUAAAAUAUCUUUAUUGGGGUCCUUACCCAGCAAAUGUUGAUAUAUGCGAUUAAUUGUGAAUCAUUUGAUUGAUUAAUCACCACAUUAUUUAAGUAAUUUGAUUACUUUUUUAUUGAUAUAUAUACACACACACACUGGUGGCCCAACAUUUGGAAUAAUGUACAGAUUUUACUGUUUCGGAAGGAAAUUGGUACUUUAAUUCACCAAAGUAGCAUUCAACUGAUCACUAUGUAUAGUCAGGACAUUACUGACUAUUUGAAAAAAGUAUUUUUUGAUAAAAUCUAGGCAGGCCCCAUUUCCAGCAGCCAUCACUCCAGCAACUUAUCCAUGAGUAAUCAUGCUAAAUUGCUAAUUUGGUACUAGAAAAUCACUUGCCAUUAUAUCAAACACAGUUGAAAGCUAUUUGGUUCAUUAUAUGAAACUUAACAUUGUCUUUGUGUUUCUAUUUUAGUUGCCACAGUAUGCAAUAGACUGGCAUAUCUUAAGGUCAAUAUUAAGUCAAAAAUGGUAAAAAAAAAAAAAGAAACCACUUUCUCUAGAAACUCAUCAGUAAAUCAUUGCUUUGAGGAAUGAAGGUUAUACAAUGCUUAAAAUUGCCCAAAAACUGAAGAUUUCAUACAAAGGUGUACACUACAGUCUUCAAAGACAAAGGACAACUGGCUCUAACAAGGACAGAAAGAGACGUGGAAGACCAGAUGUACAACUGAACAAGAGGAUAAGUACAUCAGAGUCUCUAGUUUGAGAAAUAGACGCCUCACAUGUCCUCCGCUGACGGCUUCAUUGAAUUCUACCCGCUCAACACCAGUUUCAUGUACAACAGUAAAGAGAAGACUCAGGGGUGCCUUAUGGGAUGAAUUGCAAAGAAAAAGCCACUUUUGAAACAGAAAAACAAAAAGAAAAGGUUCGAGAGGGCAAAGAAUCACAGACAUUGGACAACAGAUAAUUGGAAAAGAGUGUUACGGAUCUUAACCCCAUUGAGCUUUAGUGGGAUCAGCUAGACUGUAAUGAGCGUGAGAAGUGCCCGACAAGACAGCCACAUCUAUGGCAAGUGCUACAGGAAGUGAGGGGUGAAAUGUCACCCGAGUAUCUGGACAAACUGACAGCUAGAAUAACAAGGAUCUGCAAAGCUGA